AUGGGAGACUCUGCUCGCCACUCGCGCUCCAGCAUUGCUGUGUGGUCUGAAAAGGAUGUGCAGGAAUGGAUGAAGGACCUGGGAUAUCCCCAGUAUAGCGAGCAGAUUGAGCAGCACCGUAUAUCAGGCUAUAUUCUCAGCCUCAUGGACCAUGAGCACCUCAAGGAUAUUGGAAUAAAAUCCGUGGGGCAGCGAUUGGCGAUUCUCAAGGCAGUUUACCAGCUCAAGGUCGCGCAUGACAUCCCUCUCGAACCUGAUGGAUACAUCCCCCCUUCCGAGGUAGUCGAUGAGCUCGCCAAUGAGGGAAUUACGAUUCAAAAGCUAUGGGUGAUGAUGGGAGAGCAAAACGAACGCAUACGAAGACUUGAGUCUGAGAACCAGCGAUUGCAAGACACGAUGCAAGUGCGAUCGAUUGCCGGCGUGUCCAUGAGUGGCUCACAGGAGCAGACCGGAGAAAUGUCUUUGCGAAAACAACCCUCGUUCCGCUGGGCUCCUCAAGGCCGCCCCGCCCAGUCGCCCACAAGGCCGACGCCGGAGCCAGUUCAGGAGUCGCCGCGGCAUUCACCUCGCAUCUCCGAGGCUGACCCUGUGACACCCUCCGCCAAGCAGCCGAAACCUCAGCCAUCGCUUGGGGAUAUUUCUCUUGCUAGCUCAACUCUUGCAAGCUCAUCCGUUCAUGCCGAGAGGCCCCAGGGUUUAACGCGGAACCCAAGCUCUCAGUCUAUAACCGCCAACAUCGCCAACCCUGGUGUCAAUGGUGGGAAGGACAGCAAACCACCAUCCAGAGAUGGCGAACAAAACCCUUACAAGAGUUUCAAAGUUACCCUCGAUGACCCCUGUUGGAAGGUUCUCCCUGCCGCCCUCAAGAAGUACCGAAUCAGCGAUGACUGGCAAAACUAUGCCAUGUUCAUCUGUUACGGAAAUACAGAUCGAUGCCUUAGUUAUGACGAGAAGCCUUUACUUCUUUUCCAGCGACUCAAAGAUGCCAACAAAAACCCGGUCUUUACCCUGCGCCACAUUAAAGACAUCCGUUCUCCCAUUGCUGUUGCUCAACAAAAGCAGGCUGCUCGCUCUGCUCAGCGCCGAGAUUCUCCUGAUGGCGCGACCGGCUCAAGUUUGCGUGUCGAUAACCGGGUUGCCUCGCCUAACAUGCCUGCCUACUCCCGAAAUACAAGGCUACACCUGCCGCCGGUACUUCAACCCAUUAGCGCUCGAGCAAUUGCUGCUACUGCCAACGCAGCUGCAACACCACCUCUUACUACUGCAAGCGCGCCUGCGCCCCAUUGGCCUGAGACCGAUGCUGAUCGUCCAAGAACAGGUGGUGAUGUAAGCGCCACUCCACAGCUGGAGGGCAGAGAGGGUGUGGUUUACUCGCAGACCAAGACGUACGCAAUUGCAAUUUACCCAUACUUGGCCGAACUGGAUGACGAAUUUGAUGUUUCUGUACACGACGCGUUUAUUAUAAUUGGACGUGCUAAAGGUUGGUGGGUUGUUCAACGCGACCCGACGGGGAUGGGCGUGCAGGAUGACACCGCCAAAACCUCAUGGGUCCCUGCUGGAUGUUUGUUGGAGACCUCGGUACCUCCUGCUCUCGCAGUCUCGGAAGCGACAAGGCAACGCAUCACUGACUAUGGUGCGACGGACUACCGACCUAUUCUGCCUAUGCACCUUGCUUCGACUAGUUUUUCGGGUAUUGCAUUGAGGCCUUAUAGCGUCAAGGGCGACGAAGAACUCGAGGUCCAAAGGGAUGAGUAUGUAAGGGUGUUCAAACGGUACAACCAUUGGUCAUAUGCUGUCAAAGAAAGCAAUGGCGAACGUGGAUGGGUUCCUUCUUGGUAUAUUGGAAAAGUUGCCAAUGCAUCCCCUGCAACACCCAACACGUCUGCAUUGACCAGUACCAGCAAUGCAUAUGACGGCAUGCCAGACACCGCCAAUGACCGAUUGCACGUCAAUGGCCACCACGCCACGUCGCCUCUUACUUCUCCUGCAUUUGUUACAGCCACCGCUGGACGUGCAUAA